GCUUUUUACCAGCACCUGCCAGCUCAGCUCAGCCCCGUGGAGCCGACGAUGAUAAUUAUGCUCUUUUUUAACUAUUAACUUCAGCUACGUUCAUUCACCGAAUCGGGUUUCCUGUCUUGGAAAUUCAAGUUUUUCCACAGGCCAGGAGUGGGACCUAGAGCAGCUUAAAGGUCCAGUUUUACUCCAGAUCAUAUACACAUAGAAGAAUACAUUUAAGAAGAUGAGGAACCACCUUUGCUGCUCAACUCUCGUCCUUCUCGCGGUGAUAGGCUGUGGUGGGACUGCAGUGGUGCAGUGUUGGUGGGGAAACGGGUGUGUGUGUUUGCAAUGCCCUGCAGGCCAGGAGCCAUCAAAGGCUUGUGGGAAGAUCCAGAGUUCAGCUGAAGACGUGAAAUGUCAGUUCUGCCCUCCUGGGAGCUUUUCAGAUACAGUCGACUCUGAGCGCUGCCGUCCACACACAUCCUGCGAGAUCCUGGGCAGAAACGUUUCAGUGUCUGGCACUUUGACCUCGGACGCUGUCUGUGGCGACUGUCUGCCUGGAUUUCUCUCUCCUGAUGGAGGACAAGUUUCCACUCAAAGUGGUUGCAUAAAAACUGAAUUGCAUGUCAGAAAGGUUCGCACUGUGGGAAAAGGUUCCUCCAAUGGGGCAGGAGGACCAGCCAAUAGUACGGUGGUUCGAAGCGCCGAGGAAAAGACGGCAGAGUACGCUGUGUUCGCAUUGGUGCCUGUCUUCUGCAUAAUAGGCCUAUUGGGCAUCCUGAUCUGCAACAUCUUGAAGAAGAAGGGAUACAACUGCACUGCUGAGAAGGAGGGGAGAGACGAAGAGACUGCUACACCUCAGAAAGAAGGUCACAACUGCCCCUACAUAUCUGAUGACCUGAAUGAAGACACAAUCAGUGUUCUGGUUCGCCUCAUAACAGAGAAGAAAGAAAAUGCUGCUGCACUGGAGGAACUGCUGCUGGAGUAUGAGAGCAAACAGAUGAGCAAAGGCUCAUCAAUCAAGUUCCCGAUGCUGUCUCCCUUGUCCACCUUCCGCUCCAUCCCCAAGUCUUGCCCUCAUCAGUCCCACCUCCACACCAUCUCGGGUCUCUCCGGUCUCGCUCCCAAACACGGCUACCGUUGCUCCCGCUGCGCUCAGAGAAAGUGGCCUCCUGUUCUCAUUCCUCCCCUGGAUUCUCUCAAAGACCCUCUGAAGCCCCCACAGGGCCUCACGCUGCCCUCCUUGGACACACCUGUUGACCAGCAGAAGAACCCUCUACUGGGGGCUGGUUGCGUAGACACUCAUCACCCCCAAGCCGCUGUUGUGUCAAAACCUGUUCAGAACAAAGUGGACAGCAGUGAAGGGAGGGAGAAGAAAGAAGGAGAGGUGUUGUCUGUUGGGAGAUUUCAAGUUGCUCACAUACCUGAGUACAAGCCCGUUACCACAGAAACCAAAACGUCAUCUCAGGAGCAAAGAAACUCCCUGUUUGGUGGAAAACAUUUCCCCUCCUGUUCAUCAUCUGCCUUCAGGAGAUAAAAAGAUGCAGAGAGGCUGCAUGAUCAUCCUACCUCGUGAAAGAAGACUUCAAUAUCUGAUGGCAGCUUAAACGCCAGGAUGGAGAUGCUCUUCAGAAAACUUAACCUCCACCUGCUGGAAGAAGAAGGAAUUGCUUCUCAUCGCAUGAUGAGACGAUUUCUUGACAGCUUGAUCUUAUGCUGCUCAAAGCUUAACGCCCAGUCAGCAACGGUGCUGGAAAGCUAAUGAGUUUAAUGCAGGAGGAGGAUUAGUUUAAACUAAACAUCAAUGAAACAAAAGAUGCAAAAUCACCAAUUUUUACAGAUCAAAAUAUGGUGGUUCUGCUGCUUUGGAAUCAACUUUUGUGACUACAAAAGUUGUUUUCCUCAGCUGUUUCAGACAGCUGUUUUCCUCCAAACAGCUGUCUGUUCGGAGGAAACCAGACAGCACAACACCAUCAAAAAAAAACAACAUAAAUAAUCUUUGCAACCAUGUGCCACAUAGAUUAGAGGUAACAAUGUAUUUGUUAACAACUGGUUCAUGCAAAAAAUGGCUUGUUCUUCUCUUUGGUUUGCAUAGAAAUUACAGAUGUAUUAAGGAUUUGAUUUGUUCUUUAAUCUGUUGAAUGUAUUAACAGAAACUCAUUGUAUGCACUGAAGUAAAUUUAUCCGGUUGGAGGGUUUAAACCUGAGCUCUGAAUUUUACAUCUUUAAAGGUCAAUAUUUGAUAAAUGGCUAGCUAUUGGAAAUCUGUCACAAUCCCAGGGUUAAACGUUUCUUAUCGAGUUGUGCCAUGCAAUUAUCUAUGCUGAUGCCAGAUCAACAGAAUCAUUUCAGUCUUCCAGAUUAUAAACAAGGGCUCAGCAUGUUUCAGAGCUCCUUAGGUAACUUGUGAAAGUCUUUUAAAAAAGUUCAAAAAUGUUGCUACCUGUCAGACAGAUUUUUUCUUCAUGCGAUAACAUCACAGGCCUCCAAAUUUUAUAUUGGGUCACAUUGAAGCAGCUUUUGUUGUAUCAAUUAUUGAUUUAAGCCCUGAUAAAAGACACAUUUUCUUUUCAACUCUUGUAUAGUUGAGAUGCUUAAAUGAUCAAUUCAAUUCAACAACUUCCCAAAAGCAGAAUUAAGAACCUCUUGGUACGUUUUAGUUUUUAGAUAGAGUCCAGUGUGGACCCAGGUUUAGUUGGAAAGGAGUUUUUUUUGUAUAUUUUCACUACAUUUAAAUGAUAUUGCAGCUCAAAUCUUCUUGUAAGCAGCAAAUAUCGUUUUGGACCACAGGUGAAAAACUAAACAUUGAGAAAGACCACAAUUAAAAAACAAAACAUGUAUAUAGGUGUAAAUAUGUAAAUGAGACUGAGCGCAUACACAAGUAAACUCUUGAUUUUGAUUUUAUACUCUAACACAUAGUACGCAUGAGGUAAUUCAGGGGUGAACAGCUGCACUGCACCAGUGACAGGAUUCUGUCAUUCAUAUAAGCUGAACUGCUGUCUGAAAUGGUUUUCUACCCUUAAUCUAGGGUUAAACAUAUCAGUGUUUUUUUUUUCUCUCAUCUUGAGAGAAACUCACAAACUCACAUUUUAGUUCCUUAAUA